AUGGAGAACGGGACGCGUGAUGUGUGUUUUUGUUAGAUUUAACUACUAUCGCUACAAUUUUUUUUUAAAUCGCUUUCGGAAUACAUUUUUUAUAGCACGCGUGCCACUGGACAGACUGUUCGCAAUCGUUCGGCUCGGAACUCGACAUGGGACUGCACGUGAUCACCAAUCAUCUGAACGUGCUCGACUACGGACAAUUUGUGCUCAACCGUCGGCUUGCCUCACAGGGACCGGAACCACGAGUGUCCAUUGAGCCGAUAAUCGUUCGUCACAGAGCUCAACCAAUCAAAGUGGAGCCGACGGCGUCGAACUCUGAAAACACAGCACAAGUCGAGGCUCAGCCUCAGCCGAUUCGGAAAGAGCCAGAAACACUGGCGCUGGAAGGAACUCCGGCUCGACGCGGCCGUGGACGUCUCCCCAGAAUCAAGUCUCCCAAUCCGUCAACUGCUCCGCCAGCUCCUCGCUCGCACAAAAUCGCUCAGCCUGUUGGAAACCGGUCGCCGAGACCACAGCGAAAACGGCAAAGAACUCGAGCAUUUGACGAGGAUCCGGACGAUCGCAUCCUUCUUGACAUGUUGACGAGAAGAGCUCCGACCUUCCAAGCUCCACGGAUGCUCUCCCUACCAGCCCCACCAGCUCCAUCAAACGCCCAGAGCUCGAGAGCCGAAUCGAGUGUCUCUGUAAGUUCAAAGCGAAUGCGCUAAACGAGAGGUUUCUCAGCAGAGCGCAUUCACGUGCACUCUGUACUAAUCAUAAAAAUUUGCAGAACGGAACGGGUCCACUGAAAAAAAGCGAAGCGUGCCGACGCAUUCUGAUCCGUCUCUACCGCCCGCCGCUCUCCAAUCAUCGGCUCUUCCAGACGGACCAUUUUUGUGUGCUCUGCCAGCAUAAUUACACGCAGCCGUGCACAAAACGCCAUCGCGCCGAAGAUUUGCAGGUCAUCGAGGAUUGGAAGAGGUGAGUAGGAGCGCAACACGGUCUCCAGAGCUGAAAAUAUGGGCGUGGCCUCGGCCAAAGCCGUUUUCAUGAAUUGAGCACGUUUUCUCUGAUUUUUGUGGCCAAAGGCGAUGAAAAAUGAUUGUUCGAAAUGAAAACACACUAGUUCUCAGAAUUAAUGACGUUCUGGCGCAUUUUUCGCCGACUUUGCUUUUUCGCCUUCGCCGCCUAAAAACCGCACUUCUCAUUUUGCGCUUUCUUGGCCGUUUUCCGACAGAAUUGGUUUUGAGAAUGAUAAAUCACGUAAAUACAAGCAUUUUGAGCGCUCGAACCGCGAAAAUUACCGAAAAGCAACUGAAAUUCACGCAGUUUUAGCCAAAAACCUUCAAACGGAUAAAUGCGAUUUGCGACUUGACCAAAUUUAACGCUCUUGAGCUUAAGAAAUUCGUAAUGGCCUAUAUAAUCGGUCUAUCGAAAGACAAAUGAGAAACUAUCGGUUUUUCGUGGCUAAUCUGGCAAAAAACACAAAUUUUGCAGUUAAAAUUUAAAUUUCGCGCCAAUCUAUCGAUCUAUUGGGCGGGGCGCACUUGCGCGCCCAUUGUCAGCUCGAGAGACCGUGCGCAACGCCAAAUUUAUAACAUAAAUUGUUGUUUCAGGCAAUUCGGGCAUUUGCAACCGGUCAAAAAGCAGUUGCUGGCUCAGUUGAAGCAAAUGGCAGAGCAGUACGAUCGUGAGGAGCGCGAGGAGGAGAACGGGGCUUUUGUGGCUCCGGCGGCUCCAUUGGCUCCAAGAACUCGCCGUCUGGUGCCUCCGGGUCUGGCGCGAGUUCUUGGGGAUGACGACGAGGAAGAGCAGCAGCCAGAACCGGUCCGAGAGGUGAAACCGGCGAAAAUCGAGCAAAAAGAUGAGGAGGAAGACGAGAAGGAGAAAGAGCCUUCCACAUCGGACCGCUCCAAAUCGCAGCGUGUUGUCGGCACAAAAAUGAGCAAAUUGUGCGCGAACCUGGCGUACCGCAUCCAAAUGCGUCAGGCGCGCUUCCGAGCCACCGAUCGCAGUCAGUUCUGCCUCAACUGCAUCUCGUUCAAAGGAUGCGAGCGGGAGCACACGGCCGGCGAGCGGCGACUCGAUAAAACGUGGCAGAAGUAUUAUGGCGACGCGAGCAUCACACCGGAGAAGCUUGUCGAGCAGUUGGAAGCGCUCAAAGAGAAGUAUAUUCAGCUGGAGGAGAGAGAAAAAGAGUGAUAAUUGUUUCGAUUGUUGUCCCAAAUGCAUACGAUUUUUCCAUAAUAAUUGCCGAUUCCCAAUUCCAUUUCAUCUCAGUUAUUGCAACGAUUUUUAUUCAAAUACAGUUCUUUACUGCUCCCGUUCUAUCGCGAAAUCACGAGUCUAGCUAUCUGCCUGCCAUAACGUAUCUAUUUUUGUGAAUAAUUUUCCGAAAGCACUUUUUUUUGCAGAGAAAUCGACAAAAUGUCGGGGCCGCCGGAAAUGGUGAGAAACAUUAAUUCUUUGUCUUUUGUGUUCAAUUCAAAACAAUUUUUGUAUAGAUACAAUGCGGUUGGAGAGAGUGCACAAGUUGGUUCUCAUCUGGAAGAGACAUGAACGAGCACGUGCUCGUCAACCACAUCAAACAUUUCAAUAUACAACUCGUCGAUCCACAAACCGCCACCGUUCAUAACAAAAUUCAGGUAUUCAGAGAACAUGCGAUUUCAAACAAAGUUGUUGUCGUUUGCAGCAAAAUCCCGAAACGCCGUCGAAAAAUUCGCCAUCGGUGACGAUCAAACAAAGCUAUCAUGCUGAGCGGCGGGUAAAAAAAACUAGUCAUAGAAAACGACUGAUUUAAAAAAUUUGCAGCGCCGCUCUCACUCGCAUUCGCUUUCCGCUCUGGAUCAAGAUCAAGACGCGUCGAGUGUCGAGCAGAAGCCGCCGCUGAUGGAUUUCCAGCCGAGCGUGCCUCAUUUCAAGUGUCCAACAACAAUUACGAUUCCGCCACGUGGCGAAGCGGCGUCGAUGAACCUGAAACAACCGUUGGAGGCCCAAAGCGACGCUCGAAAACAAGAGUUUCAUUACGAAAAUGAGGAUGACGAUGAAGUCGAGGAGUUUAAUGUGAGAAUUCGGCAAAAAAAAAAAAUGGCUCUCCGUUUCGCAACCGGUGUGUAGAAUCGUAAUGCCGCGUCCAAUGUCUCGGAAAAACCGUAGAUUUUUCUGGCCGAAAUUUGCGUGAAAAACGGGGGUGCGCACAGCUCAAUGAAUGUAACCGUACCCCUAAAACUACUGUAUUUUUUGAAAAUUUGUUAAUUUCUUGAGGAUAUUUGAAAAUAUUCAAAUUUCUUGCGCAAAUUUUCAAAAAAUACCGUAGUUUUAGGGGUACGGUUACAUUCAUUGAGCUGUGCGCACCCCCGUUUUUCACGCAAAUUUCGGCCGACUUUGGACAGAAAAAUCUGCGAUUUUUACGGUUUUUCCGAGACAUUGGACGCGGCAUAAGAAAUACAUGAAAACAAGGCUGCGCGGAGCAAGUCUCUGGAAACGUGAGAGUUGCGAAAAUGGAGAGCCGCAAAGCAGAGAAAAAGUUAUAGUUUUGUGUUUCCAGUACGAAGACAACGAUUUGAUUUUGGAAAACGGCGGAGUGGACGAAGGAGCGCCGGAAGCGAAACAAGCGAAAAAAGGCGACGAGGGAAAGGAGAAACGACCGUGGGGCUUGGCGUCGUUCAGGGUCCUCGAUUCCUCAAAAACAUUUGCCUUAUACAUCGAACAUUUUUAGGACGCCACCGACAUGCCGAACACGGAUCUCCGACUUCGAACCUCCUACGCCACUUACGGCGAAAUGGCGGCGGCGAUUUUUCGGGAACUCCUCCUUCGCAAAACUCUUCGACGCAGAAACCCGGCGAACGGAGACUAUUGCGUCGUGUGUCUCGAUUACAAAAAAGCGAGCGGAGUGUGUAGUUACCGCUCGCACACGAACCAACAUUUUGCGUUCUACGAGGCGUGGAAGAGGUUGGGUCUAAUUGAAAAAUGUAAAAUUUUUAGCCCGGAAAUCAAUAAGUUUUCUUAUUCACCUUUCAGAGGAACAUAAACUUUGCAAAAAUGAAAUUUAUCGUUUUCUGAUAAUAUAAAUUUUGCAGCAACUUCAAUCAGGAGAACCUGAACAAACGAACACUGAUGGAUCAGUUGACGGAGAUGAAAAGAAUCAGCGACGCGCUUCCGGCGAACAAUGACUUUAUUUAG